AUGGAUGUUUCACAGGCCAUUGAUUUUCGAAAGGGGUGCUAUGUGGGACAGGAACUCACCAUUCGAACUCAUCAUACGGGUGUUGUGCGGAAGCGUAUAUUGCCUAUGCAGUUGUAUGGAAUUGAUGAGAAUACUUUGACCUCCUCAGCGUCAGCACUCAUCUACGACCCCAGCACGGAUAUACCCCAACCGCCCACAGGUGCAAACAUCUCUCAAAAAGCGAGUACCAGAAAAGGUCGUAGCGCCGGCAAAUUGAUCAGUGGUGUAGGAAACGUCGGUCUUGGGUUAUGUCGUCUUGAAAUGAUGACCGACAUCUCGCUGACGGGCGAAGGCAGCAAGUUCAACCCCUUGCAAGAGUUUCAAGUCACCUGGGAUGCCGAUCCGGUUGUUGAAACCACCAGCUCAGGUGCAGUUAAGGUUAAAGCUAUUGUGCCGUCGUGGUUGCGGGAGCAUAUUGUUGCGAGUACGAUGCGGAAUGUAUCUUCUGCUAGGGCGAGGGAGAAUGAUGAAGGGCUUAGAGCGAGGGAUUUGGUCGAGAGGCUUGGGGAGGAGGAGGCCGAAGAAAAAUAG